UUCCUCACUUCGUAUCUCCCCAGUUGCCCAGUGGGACAGUUGGGUCUCAGCACCUCAUACAGCUCCAUCAAGACCACAAGACAGCCGAAACAGAAUACCAGCCAUGAGCAAGUCCUACUCCUCCUCGGCCCAGUCCGCCUCCUCCUACCGCCGCACCUUUGGCUCUGGUGUCGGCUCAUCCCCGAUGUCCACGCUCUACUCCUCUAUUGGAGGUGCUGGAGGUGGCCGCAGCUCCUCUUCAAGCCACAUGUCUUCAAGAGUCUAUGAAGUCAAGAGUACUGGUGUUCCCUCCUAUUCCAGCUACAGGGUAUCCUCUGGUGCUGGAGGGGCAGGGUACGGCUCCUCUACAGCCAUGCGCACCUACUCUGGUGAGAAACUUGACUUCAACCUGGCUGACGCCAUGAACCAGGACUUCCUCAACACAAGGACCAACGAGAAGGCUGAGCUCCAGCACCUCAAUGACCGCUUCGCCAGCUACAUCGAGAAGGUGCGUUUCCUGGAGCAGCAGAACGCAGCAUUGUCGGUAGAAAUUGAGAAGCUGAGGGGCCGUGAGGGGCCUGGGCGUGUCGCUGAAAUGUUUGAGGAGGAGAUGAGGGAGCUGAGGAGGCAAAUCGAGGCUCUGUCCAACCAGCGCGCUCGAGUGGAGAUUGAGAGGGACAACCUGAAUGAUGACCUGCAGAAACUCAAACUCAGGUAAGUUACAUGAUGGUUUAGAGGGAGGAUGGACAGACCUAGACAGAUGGAUUCCAGUGUCUUAAAUGGAAAAGAGAGUGGAUGAAUGAUGAAAACAGGUGGACUUCACAUGACACUGAUAUACCAAGAGAGAAACAGAUGGACUUUGGCAGGGAUGAGCAACUGUUUCAGAGAGACAAGCACCAACUGAAUAGUUUAAACUAGAUCUCUGCUACAUGAGACUUGUGUUGUAGGAUUGUGCAACUGUCUACACUGAAGUCACACAUACUUUAGGCCUGCAUCCCUUAAAAAUAAUGCAACUUCUCUGUUCAAGGUUUUACAUGCUAAUAAGGUCAGCAUAAGUGAGUAAGUGAUGUUUGUGAGUACGUGUCCACAUUAGAAAAACAGGAUGAUGCAUUUCAGGAAGUAACAAAGGAAAACGGUGAAAUAAUGUAAAGCAGAAGAAUGAUUAAGUGAUCUUUAAAGAAGUAAAAGAUACAUGAGGGCCUUUGUUUUUUUAUGAAGAAAGACAAAAACAACAGGGGACAGGUUUGAGUACGGCUACGCUUCAGCGAGUGUUACAGUCCGACAGCUUUUUACAAAGGUGUUUGAUAAUUCAUCCACAAGAGACGAGAGAAAAAAGGAAAAUAAAGAUGAAGAAAGAGGCAGAGAUAAAGUUUCAGGAAGACAGAGAAGUAGACACAGGAAUGAACAGAUGAGCUCACUCACAGUCUGUUAUUUUUAUGACAUUAAAAUGAGAGUUACACAAAGUAAGAGAACAAACUUUUUAAAUAAGCAGAGCACAAAUCUUCACGUAUGUGUGUGUGUGUGUGUGUUUAUGUUUGUAGGUAAAGCAGGCAGAGGGAGUGACAGACAGACAGACAGACAGAGACAGAGAGGUAGAGAGAAACAGGGAGAGAGAGAGAUCUGUGAUGUGGGUGUAUCUCUCAAUAGUCUAUUUGUAGCUCCCUGGCUGGCUCUUUGAAUUUAGAAUUUGUGUCGCUGCAACAGCAAGUAACAUCACUUAAAAUUAGCUUUAUGAAAAACCUCAGCUAGACCUGCCAAUCUCCACACACACACACGCACACACACACACACACACACACACACACACACACACACACACACACACACACACACGCACACACACACACACACACACAUGCACAGCACAUACACAGCACGCACACAGCCAUUCACCCUUCACUCUCUGCCACCAUCUUUAAAUUGUUGCCUGCAGCAGUGAGUGAAGCUUGCCAAAGCACCUGCUGCUCCUACUGAGAUCAAAAAGCACAGCGAGACCUUCUGCCCUGCCAAGAGUUACAACACAGACACGCAUGCACUCAACACACAUACAUACACUCAACACACACAAACACACACAUUUAGUGCAGAAUUUAGAGAGAAAACAGUUCAACUGUGUUUUCUACAGAAAUCUACCUUGCAUAGCUUUUUCUUUCUGAUUAACAUUUUGCUGCAUCUCUGCUGCAUACAUUAAUAACAGAUGCCGUUAAAAUGUGUGAAUAUAGAUCAGACUUCAUUGUAUACAUGCAUGUCUGUUAUAUUCUCAUGUUGCCUAGUGUGCAUUGUAAAACCUAAUUCUGGAAACAGCAGCAGCCAUAGGCAGAUCUUUGUUCCUUACUCACUGUAACCUCUCUGACAGCAGCUGCACUACAGCUUUAGGACUCAAAGAACAAGAGCACAAGUGUGUGUAUGAGUGAACAGGGCUACGAAUCAAAGCUCAACUCUGAUGUGUCAUUGUUGAGUCAGUCCUAUUCUUGUAACUUUACCGGCAGCCUAAAAAAGUAAGCAGGAGUGAGAGGUGGUAACUGGUUUAUCUGUGUAAUAAUUGGUCCCCGGAGAAGAAGUCGCAGUCUCAAACACAGCUGUUGUCUGACUUUUCCUUUCCUUUCCUUAUUUUGUCCUCUUUGUUUGUCUCCCUCUCGACAGAUUGCAGGAGGAGGUUCACCUGAAGGAAGAGGCAGAGAACAACCUUUCUGCUUUUAGAGCCGUAUGUCUCUUUUUUCCAUUCAAAGAAACCCUGCCGUUAGAUUUCAAUCCUUUGUCACUUUAUUCUCAGACCCACAAGCAAAAAUGAAACACUCUACCCUUGCACAGCUUAUCUUCCUCUUAGUUUCAUCUAGUGCUUUCUCCUUCUUACCUUUCAUCCCACUUAUUUUUUCUUUCUCUUGAUUCCCAGCAACUUUGUAGCUUCUCUGUUCUUCAGGUUUUGAUCUGUUUGUGUUUUUGUUUCCAGGAUGUAGACAGUGCCACUCUGGCCAGGCUGGACCUGGAGAGGCGCAUUGAGAGUUUGCAGGAGGAGAUCGCCUUCUUGAAGAAGAUACAUGAAGAGGUUUGUUGAUCUGUCUAUGAAUUAUUUCCACCCACCACACCUACAGCAAGUUCUCUGCGCUAUGAAUGUUAGUGUGAGUGUGUGUACUGUAUCACAUAACUCUUAAGUGAAGCUAUAAUGCACCAAUAGUUAUAUUUGGACAUCUAAAGGCAUCCAACUUAAUGAGGUAUCGAAUAGUUCACACUUUAACACGCCCACUGGUGCUAAAACAUAUUUAUAUCCACAUUUAUGCUCUUUUUCUGGUCACAUAUCUAACUGUAUAUACUGUAUAUGCACAUGCAACUCGCCCCCCUGUGUGCACAGUCACCCUCAGACAUCAAAGGACACACAAAGUUACACACUCAGACACAUGGCAGCACAGUAGAGGCCCCCUCUUGUCAUUUUUACCCACUCUCACACAAGUUUGACCUCUCAGAAAUGCAGAGCUGCAGAUUGGUUGAAGAGAGCAUGUCAGCUGCUGGAUGUGUGGCUGGAUGUGUGUGCAUGUCAGGAUAUGAACAGAUGCAAAAGAUAUUUAUAACUUCUUGGUUAGACCAGGAGACAGCUGAGUGGGAGAAGGGCUGACUAGUUUUAAGCUAACCUGUUUAGUCCUCAUGCUGCAUUUGCUUUGGGGUCACUUCUUUAUUAGGUUGCUUCACUGGGAAAACUAAUUUAGCCCACACUUAAUUUACUCUUCUUUUAAACAAGGAAAGAAGAUACCCUCAAUAUGUUACCCCAUACAACUUUUUUAUCAUUUAUAUGAUUAUUACAGUGUUGAGAACUUACAAAUUUUCAACCCUAUUUUUCUGUUUUAAAAAGAUUUCCAUAAUCCCUCUGUCACCCUGCAGGAGAUCCGUGAGCUGCAGAGUCAGAUGCAGGACACUCAGGUGCAGGUCCAGAUGGACAUGUCCAAACCUGACCUGACUGCUGCUCUGAGGGACAUCCGCAUCCAGUAUGAAGGCAUCGCAGCCAAAAACAUUGCAGAGGCUGAGGACUGGUACAAGUCUAAGGUAGACACGCUUAUACAAACACAAUAAAGGAAAGUCUUCUGAAGCUGAUUGAUAGCUAAAACCUCGUCCUGUCUGUCCUCAGGUGUCCGACCUGAACCAGGCUGUGAAUAAGAACAAUGAUGCUCUGCGUCAGGCCAAGCAGGAGACCAUGGAGUACAGACACCAGAUCCAGUCCUACACCUGUGAGAUCGACUCACUUAAAGGCACCGUGAGUUCUCACUCUAUAUUUCUGUGAAAACAUGCAGCUCCCGUCAUUAAUAUUUAGCCCACUGUUCCACCUAUAACAUCGAGUCUCUGUUGUCUGUAGAACGAGUCUCUGCUGCGCCAGAUGAGAGACAUGGAGGAACGUAUGGGCCGUGAGGCUUCUGGUUACCAGGACACUAUUACAAAACUGGAGGAGGACAUUGCUAAGAUGAAGGUAAUUACUUUUUCUAGCUGGUGCAGUGGUGAGGUGGAUCAUACAUACAUCUGGAGUACCUACUUUUUGGCUCUCAGAGUGGAUCAGUGCCCUCCUGGCUGCUGUUUACUGGGUUUAGCUUCUAUCUAAAAAAUUUUUAUAUGUAAUAUAACUGCGGUAAGGUCCACUCAUGACAACCAAAAAAGAAUGAUUUCCAAAAGAAGUCCCAUUUCUACUCUUCGUGCUGUAUCUUUGCCAUUUCAUGAAACAUGAGUUUUCAUUGAAAUGUCCUCUUUUUAUGGAGCCCUUGGUCAUUUUUGUCUUGUAAGGGCAUCUUAUCUUAUACCCACAGGAUAAUUGGCCUCUUGUUUGUUUAGCAGUUGCUCUGUCUCUCUUGCUUCAUGUGAUGAACCAGCCAUAAACGUCCUCUUUUGACUCCAACAGGCUCUUCUUUUACGAAGUGUAUUGGGUCUCUGACAGCCACCUUUGUCGCAGUAAUUUGCCUCAGAAACUCCUAAAACACAGUGAGAAAUAAUUUUGCUAACAGCGGCUAGUGAGCUACACCAGGGAGAUUAAUUAUGACGCUACAAUUUCAUUAGAAAAACAAAAUAACAUGGUGAGUACUUUGCAGGGAAAUUUAAAUCGCCUCUGAUGUGUUUGGCAUCAAAUUUGGAGGUUCGCUCAAGCGUUUGUUGUGGAAAAAUAAAUUCAAUUUGUAAUAAAAACAAGGUACUUUAACUCUAAUUAAAAGGAUAAGCCUAUUACAUCCUCGCGCAAAUAUUUGUGCUCAAUUGGUAAGUUAUAUAGCCAACUACAUGGCCCCAGAUAUGGUGAUAAAUGUGUACAGAUGGGCACCAAGAGCCAGUAUAUCACCGGGAUUAUCACCCAUCAUUAUAGUCCUGCCUUUUGCAGUUUUCCCUGUAGAUUUUCAGUUUUAUUGAAAGUUUAAAACAUCAAACAAUAAUGUGCUUUCUGUCUUGGUUUAUAGGAUGAUAUGGCUCGUCACCUGAGGGAGUACCAGGACCUCCUUAAUGUGAAGAUGGCUCUUGAUAUUGAGAUCGCCACCUACCGCAAGCUGCUGGAGGGAGAGGAGAGCAGGUGUGUGUAUUUACUGUGUGUUACUGUACUGAGAAAAAUUAGAAACCUCCUUGUACCAGUUUCAUGCAUUACAAAUGACAGGAAUCCAAUAACCAAUCUUGUCUCUGGUGGCCUUGUUUGCUUUUGGAUAACAUAAGAAAGCAUCAAUAUGAAUGACAGUCUUUUUCAUAAUCCUCAUAAGGAAUUAAGGUACAUUUCAUAUGCCUAUCCCUCGAUUUCCUUGUGUGUGAGUUUGAACUCUGUUUUUCUGUCCCGUAGGAUCACCACUAAUGUGCCUAUGCAGUCUGCCUACUCUUCCAUUGGAUUCAGAGGUAAGAUAAAAUAAAAUAUACACAUCUCCCCUUCACACAAUCCAUUUUACAUUCCUGAUGAGUCAAAACAGGGAUGAUAAAAAAAACUAAAUAUAGCCUGUGCCUGUAUAUGGUCUGUACUAUUUAAAGGUUAUUACAUGUUGCACUGCCAUAGUGACACAUAGUGACCACUGUGUGGCGACAUUUGGCAUGCAAUGAUUCACAGGGUCAAUCAGCCACUGGGCACACAUCAGUAAUCGCACAACUUGGCCCAUUCACUUGAAGUAAUAACAGUGUAAAUGUGCAGUUAAUCUCUGCCAGCAGCUCCCCUCACACUGCUUCAAUGUAACAAUGAGCAGCAAUUAAAGAUGAUGUAUUAGGCGUGGACAUGAUUCAUUACAGCCGCUGAUUGAGGCUUUAAUUAUAUUUUUAAGUGGCCGUCACAGGAGCUCCACAGACUGUUUAUUGUUCCAUCAGUUUGUUCCAGGCUGAAAAUUCCUCUUAGAGCUAAACUUUGGUUAAACAAAGUCUCAGAGCUAAAUGAAGUUGGUGUAACUCCAGCAAAGAUAAUUGGGUAGAAAAAAAGAGUAAGAGCUGAGUUCAUGUUUCCUCACAGAGACCAGUCCUGAGUCACAGCAUCAGCGCUCCUCAGAGGUUCACUCCAAGAAGACGGUGCUCAUCAAGACCAUCGAGACCCGCGAUGGCGAGGUAUGCAAACACACGCACACAAAUACACAGUUAGUUUAGAUAAGUACACAAAACAAAACACAUACAUAGACCAAGAUGCUGUGAGAAAGCCAAUGCAUAUAUAUAAUUUUAACAAUUUAGAGAUUCAUGAUUUGUCACAUUUUUACCCAGAUAAAAUACUCUCUGAGCCAGGGUGCCCAUGCUGUAAGUCUCAUGACAAAAUCUCCUCCACUUUUUUUAUAACCGCUCCUCCCAUUAAUUAGUGUCAAUUUAAUCCAGUUGUUCUCAAUCCAGUCCUCAAGCCCUCUCUGUCCUGCUUGUUUUGGAUGUUUCCCUGGUCCAACACACCUGAUUCAAAUGAUCAGCUCGUUAUUAAGCCAUGACAGAGCUUGAUAAUGAGCUGAUCAUUUGAAUCAGGUGUGUUGGAGCAGGGAAACCCAAAAACAUGCAGGACUAUGGGGGCUCGAGGAUUGGAUUGAGAACCAUUGGUUUAAUCUAUCCACCACCAAAGCUUCUUCUCCACUGACACAGACUGAAUCCUGCAUGUGGUCAUAAAAGCGCAGACCCUGUAAAGCUGUCUCUGCGGUGAUGCCUGACAUCUUUCAGUCACUGCUGUAUAGACACUCACUUGUGAGCUGUGACACUACACAAAAAGCACUCAGGCUCCACUGUAUGUGGCCACUGUUCCCCCCUACACAGCACUUCACUCCAAACACUCUCUGACAAUUGCCACCAUGCUCAAAGCGGGAAGCUCAACUGCUGGUGAAAUGUAGUGCUCAAGAAUGUAGUACUCAAGUCAAGGUUGUACAUUUUGGAAAUGCAGGAAAUCUCACAUUUUGAUUGGUUAAAAACAUAUCUGUUAAAAAGUAACUGGAAGAAAGUAUCUAGAGAUAUUCUGACCAGAUUUUGAGUUUUAUUCAAAAGCAAAACAUUGUUAGAUUUCAGUUAUCUUCAGACAACAGCUAACUCAGGCAAAUUAACCACUUCCUUAUUUAUAGUAUACAUGCAGUUAUGUUGGAGUUUACAACUGUAUUGUUUUGGGACACUAUUCUGAAGUAGUAUUAGCCUUCAGCAGCUUCUUAGCUGACAGUAAUAUUAGAUAGUAAGACUGAACUUUUGCUGUUUUCUAAUGGCAGCUCUUAUCUUGGCUAAUAGGUCUUAUUUUUUUAGGAUUAGCUUUUGGGGGUUUUUGCUUUUAUGUGACAGGACAGAAGGAAAAAGACAUGAAAUAUGGAGAGAGAAAAUAGGGGAUGAUAUAAACCGAUUAAUGGUAGGAUCAAUUGUUUACAACCAGUAUGAUAAUAACUAUAACAAUGAAACAACAACAGUUCAUAUGUAAACCAGCAUUGAUCAGACUCACAACCUAGGGCACAGCUGUAUAACACAAUUUGAGCACCCUCAGUGUGAUGCCUUUUGAUUCAAGUGAAUAUCAAAAACUGCCAACUAAUCCUCUAAUGAUGCCUCUCAUUUGCUCCUCAGGUUGUCAGCGAGUCCACACAGCACCAGCAGGACAUCAUGUAAACCAGAAGAGGCAACAUGAGAAACACUAAAUACAAUAAAACUCAUAAAAAAAUGAAGAAAAAAUGACAGAUUCCUACCACUACUAUGAUAAGUCAUUAGCCGUGCCUGUUUUUAGAAACCAAAUGUUGACCAUUUCAGUUAACUCAAAGGAAACACCAGUAUACAUCUUUACACAUGAUAAUGUAUACUUGAUAAACUGCAUAGAUGCAGCAUUAAGGCGUACUGUUGCCCCUACCCUGGUUUUAAAUAAAGGUCAUUCCAGGAAUUAAGCUUGUUUUACGUUUUUCCUCCCUCAAGAUGACAUAUUUUUUGGUAUCCUGUCUACACAAAAUGGCAAGAAGUUCAAAUUGAAGACAAUGACCCAGCAUGCACAGGGAAGUUAGCAUGGUGCAGGAAAUGGGCCUGAAACACCAUUGUCCAUUUAAAAGAGUAACAGUGAAUUUUACACCAUUAUUCCUUUGAGCAGAAGUGGACAUUUAACUUGACGAGGAGGCACUCCUAGUAAUGUAACAGAUAUAAGGAAAAGGCAGUGUUGAUCUAAGGCUUGUUAUGGUUAGAGACACAGACAUGAAAUAAGGACUGGAGUCAUGUUUGAAAUUUGGGCUCAAUAGCAUGUACAGGUUCUGAUUGUAUGUGUAUUGGUGUCAUGUCUUGUUGCUUCAAAGUGCCAAGGAACCUCCAAAUAAAGACAUUUGUUACCAAA